AUGAGUGAUGAUGUUAUGCAAAUUGAUCGAGAAGAAGAAAAUGAGUUCGCAGAAAAACUCAGAGCAGCAGGCCCACUAAAUUUAGCAGUUGAACACAAUAUUUUCCUUCCAGGAAUGGAAGCUACUUAUGUCAAAAUCUUAGUUGAUGAGAUUCCUCAAGGCCCGCCACAAAUAAUCCCAAAGCUUUUUAGAAGUAUUCGCUGUGGCCGAGAAGACUUUAAAGAAGGAAGGAAAAUCUGAGACCUUUCCUUUUUGAACUCCUCCUUAUUUCCAGUUAGAAAAGUAGAGCCUCCUAACGAUUUGUUUGCAACAUGUGGGGGACCUUUUAUUCACGUAUAUAGACUAAGUAGGCCCUUAGCUGAUACUUUCGAAACCCUUCAUAUCUAUGUGAAUACAAUUCAAGACGACGAUUUAUACACCUUAUCAUGAGGAUUGCUAAAUGAUGGCGAACCAAUCCUUGCAUGUGCUGGGAAACAAGGGAUUAUUUUAUUAAUAAAUGUUUACACAUAUUCUUUAGUAGGCCACCAUCUAGUCGGACACAAGAAUGCAAUCCAUCAAUUGAAGUUUGCCCCUGGAAAUAGUGCAUUUUUAUUGAGUGCCAGUGAAGAUUUGAGCAUUCGGCUUUGGAAUAUUUUGACGUUUACUCAAGUUGCAAUAUUUGCUGGGGACUUAGGGCAUAAACAUGGAGUUCUAACAAUCGAUUGGCAUAGCACGGAAAAUAUUUUUGCGUCUGGAGGAAGGGAUGGAGCUGUCAAAAUAUGAAAAAUUACUGAUGAACUUAAAAAUGCAAUGGAUGAAUCAAUGACUUGAAACCAAAAUUUUAUGAAUAAUGGCGCAAAUAUUCCAUGUGCAAGGACUCCUUUUAGAACAAAAAUGAUUUUUGAGCCUGAAUUUUCAACUAAUCGUGUCCAUAAAAGCUAUGUUGAUUGUGUUAAAUUUUAUGGGAAUUUGAUUUACUCAAAAGGACAAGAAGGCUGCAUUGUUGUAUGAAAACCGCAUCCUGAAAGAAACCCUGACUCAGUGACUGUGCUAUUCACUUUGAAUUUUCCUAGAAAUUCAGAAAUUGGGCUUAGAUUUACUAUUGAUUAUGAGCAAGAUUUGCUUGUGCUUGGAGGAACAGAGUCGAAUUGCUAUUUAUUUGAUUUGACAUGAGAGUCAACGGAAUUUAGGGAAAUUAAAAACGCGCUACACACAUUUAGAAGUCCUGUUCGGAGUGCAGGAUUUACAGCGGACUCUAGCAAGAUGGUUUACAUAACUGAUGACUGUUUCGUGCACCUUCUACAAAAAAUAUAG